AUGGCUUAUAAGGUUCCUUUAUACAUUGCCAUUUCUGAAGGAACCAUUUGCAGAGUGAUCGGUGGAACAACGUUCUUCGCUCUCGGAUGUAACAUAACUGUAGUAGGAUUAUUGGCUCUUGUGACUUACCUUCGUAUAUGUAAAAGAUAUAAUGUCAAUUUGGGAAAGUACGAUUAUAGGCUGUUUCUUUCCAUGAUAUUAUUUAAUAUUGGAUUUACUAUACUUGCAGUUCCAUCCCUUGGCCCUGCUAAAUAUUGGUGUAUUACUGGACUAAAUCCAAUAUUAUCGCUAUUAAUAAUUACUUUAAAUUGCAUGAUAUUUAUGAUUACUGUAUUCUGUUACUUUAUGACUUUACGAGAAAUAAACAAACGGCAGAGACUUAUUAAAGAAUAUGCUCUCUCAGCUUAUAAAGUCAAUUGGAUGGAAAUAAUGGCUACAAGAAAAAUUAUUGGUUAUAUUUUAAUUUAUCUUAUGCAGUGGACGCCCGUGGUGAUUUAUAUUGUCGGAUUAGUGUUUAAUUAUGACAGAGUAUGGACGAACGUCAUAGCAGUAAUAACAAUAAACAUGGGCGGUAUAGCAAACAUGGCUGCAUACAUUAUAAACGAAAAAUGGCGCGAUGAUUAUAAAUCUAGCUUAGACAUGUCCCCUUCGUACCCUUCUUCAAAGUAUAAUACCGCAAGUAAAGAUACUUAUAAUAGCAAUAAUUUAUUGACAUCUCAAAUAGAGAUUGAAGAGGUCAUUACGAUUGAGAUCAAGCAAGACGUUGUUUCAAGUUCACCAGCAGAGGAAGUUCGAUAA